UUUUUACUUUUUUCUUUUUUCGUGUAGUAAUUUCUAUUGAAUCACGCAACAACUAUACAUAAUUAAUCGUCAUGACAGCUCAUCACGAUAAAACAAUAAAAGUGAUUGCCAAGGAUGCAAAAUCCGGUAAACAAAUCAAAUUGGAAUAUGUAAAUAAAAAGAUCACCGGGAAUGGGUCCUUUGGUGUCGUCUAUCAAACGCGGCUGAUUGGUACAAAUGAGGAAGCUGCUAUCAAAAAAGUGCUGCAAGACCGUAGAUUUAAGAAUCGUGAACUACAAAUUAUGCGUCUUGUUAGUCAUCCUAAUGUGUGUCAACUCAAGUCAUAUUUUUAUAAUCAAGUGGAAAACAAGGAAGACGAAGUAUAUCUAAAUUUGGUGAUGGAAUAUGUACCGGAUACAUUAUACAGGGCAACGAGACAUUACGCUAAAGCAAAACAACACAUGCCUAUGAUAUUGGUUCAAUUGUACAUGUAUCAAGUCUUACGAUCCUUGGCCUAUAUCCAUUCUUUGGGUAUCUGUCACCGCGAUAUCAAGCCGCAAAAUGUAUUAUUAGAUCCAAUUCGUGGUAUUUGUAAAAUGUGUGAUUUUGGCAGUGCAAAGAUUCUUGUUCCUGGCGAACCUAACGUAUCGUAUAUCUGUUCUCGUUAUUAUCGUGCUCCAGAGUUAAUUUUUGGUGCAACAAAUUAUACUCUUAAUAUUGAUGUUUGGUCAACGGGUUGUGUUAUGGCAGAGUUGAUCUUAGGUCAGCCUUUCUUCCCUGGAGAGAGUGGGAUCGAUCAGUUAGUGGAAAUUAUAAAGAUUUUGGGUACGCCUUCAAAAGAACAAAUUGCUGCAAUGAAUGCAAGCUAUGUUGAACAUAGAUUCCCAAUGAUCAAGCCUCAUCCAUUAUCAACUAUCUUUACACAUGCAACUCCCGAAGCGGUCGAUUUACUAUCACGCAUGUUGCAAUAUCAUCCACAACAAAGAAUUAGCGCAAUUGAAGCGUUAUCUCAUUCAUUCUUUGAUCCGAUUCGUGAUUCUAACACAAGAUUACCUGGUGGACAACCUUUGCCGCCAGUAUUGAACUUUACAAGAGAAGAGUUAUCCAUAAGACCCGAUUUGAUUACGAGAUUAGUGCCUCCACACUGUGAACAAGAACUUCUGUCGAGGGGUAUUGACAUUCAUAAUUUUGACCCUAUUCCACUUGAGCAAAUGAAAAUCUCCCCGUCAGCCAUUUAGUUUACAAAACAAACUGACGUAAUGUAGAGAAGUAUAUAAGGCUCUGUACAUAUGAAAAUAUUUCUUGUUGAUAUCCUUACGUAUAUAUACAUGAUAUUUUCAUCAACCUUUUUAAUGUCUUUUGAAAUAUGAGCUUAAACCAUACACAUUAUACACUAUAAAUAACAAUUCUGAAAGCGCGUUUUGAGCUUGACAAACCUGCAUGAAAAUCUAGACCCAUUAGUUGAUUUUGAUUGGAUGGAGAAACAGAGUCUUUUUAGUUCAAGAUAAGACGUUCAUAGUUUAGAAAGAAAAUAAAGGCUUUAGGUAAGAAUGCAUAUUUUGACAGCUUUUGUAAAAUAAAUCGAAUACUAUUUUACAUGCAAAACUUUCGCGUCC